AGACAAGGUGGGCGCAAAUUCCAAUUUCUUGAUUUUCACAGACAUCAUUUGAACAGAAAAACUUUUGAAAGUUGUGUCUGGGUGAACAAGGAAGAAGGAAUAUUUAAAGUGCGAUGGCCGAAGGCACCAAAACAAUCAAAACCUGAAGAUUUGGGUAUUAUGUUUGAAUGGUGGAAUCUUAGAAUGGGAAAUACUAAACAGUACGAUGAACCUUCCAUGAUCAAGAAUAACUACAGAUCUGCCCAGAACUCCAAAGGUAAUUCAAAAGGAUUAAAGAGACGAAAAGAUCUAGAGUAUGGUGAUGGAAUUGGCACACCCUGGAGAGUACUCCAGUUUACGGAUAUAGUUGUGGAACCUAAAGAGCCUGAUGAAACUGAUCCCAGUAUAACUGAUCCAAACGGAGGUAUAGCUGUUUUUGAUCCAGGCGAAGCAUAUGCUGAUAUUAUUGUUGAUGGGGAGUUUGAAGAGGUGAAGAAUGGCAACCAAAAGUGGGAAAUCACAGUCACGGCGUUUGGUAAAAACCGAACAGAGCUCUGGAGUUAUACUUACGAUUUUGCAAGGGAAGGAUUUGGAAAGAAGAAACUGCUUGUUUAUGUCAAUGGUAAACGGGCAAAAAAUCUUGGAGAAAAUCUAAAGAAGAAUAUCCAUAACUUAGAUAUUGAAAAUCUCAAUUUGGACUACCCUAUUGAUCCAUCUUUACAUAAAAUGUUUAGUGAGGAAUUUUUCGAUCCCAGGGAUACCAAAAAACCGUUAACUACUCAAGAUACGUUUUGCCCUGGUUUUAUUUUGGAGGUUGACAACUGCUUCAACGUUUUUGUUACCAGGUUGAGCAUGGCACGAAUUUACUAUGGGCACCAUGGUGAACAAAACCAGUGGCAAAAACUAGAAUGGAUGAAAGAUGGUAAACGAUACCUAGAUUCUAUGGAAUCGCAAGAUGGUGUAAAACAAAUGGUAUUUUCGUACAAGAAGUUCAUUCGUACCUCCAGAGUUUACGAAAAUUGGCUAGAACAAGGCAAGCCUGAGAUAAGCCUGGUAGACUCAAAGGUAUUGAUGCCGGUUGACAAUGUACCAAGCAUGCAAAGGGGAUGCGAUUCUGGAUGUGACUUCUUCUUCGAAAUAGAACACAAACCUGCAAGAAAGAUAUAUAAGCAGAUAAGACGCAGGGAAGAACAAAACCCGCCUUCAAUAUUCGUGAGUGACCCAUUAGACGAUCUUUUUGGGAAUAUGACAGUUAACAAUGAAAACAACGGAGUAAACAACGUGCAUUAUGGAGCAAACAACGUGCAUUAUGGAGCAAACAACGUGCAAAAUGGAGCAAACAACGUGUAUUAUGGAGCAAACAGCGUGCAAGAUGGAGUAAUAAGCGUGCAUUAUGUAGUAAACAACGUGCAAAAUGGAGUGAACAAUGUGCAACAUGGAGUAAACAACGGGGAUUAUGGAGCAAACAACGUGCAUAAUGGAGCAAACAACAUGCAAAAUGGAGUAAGCAGCGUGCAAAAUGGAGCAGGCUUCGUGCAAAAUGAAGUAAACAGCGUGCAAAAUGAAGCAGGCACCGGGAAAACUUACUCCAUUUCUCAGGCAAAUGCAAUGGAUACCAACACCUUCGGUAUUUGCAAUCUGUGUAACUGUGUCCUGUGUAGCUGUAGAAAAGGCUUUCCCUUCGAAAUCAGCAAUGAACUCAGGACAUAUUAUCAGAUAUAGUAUGGAUUAUUUUCAAAUGGACAGAUACUACUUACCUCUCUGAUGGUGUAAUGUUGAAUUGUAUACUUUUAUUUAGAAUUGUUUAAUAAAGUAAUUACAUUACAGUUUCUACGAGAAGAAUAAUAUUCUUUUUGGUAUUGUGGAUCUGUUUUUUAGUCGAAUUGUCUCCGUCAUUAGAUUAUUAAAUCGUUUAUUUGGGUGAAUUGAUUUUAAGUUAUUCUUAAUUUACAUAUUUUGUGUUUUGCAAAAAUUAACCAUAGUUAUUUAUUAUUUAGCUACAAUGAUAAGUUGGCUAUCUUUCAUUUAAAUUAGUUAUCUAGAUAGGAAUUUAUUUCGGUGGUUUACUUCAGAUUAUUUUGGGAUGUUUCUGUACUCUUAAGUGAAUAAAUUAAAACCAGCUGGAAAAAGAAAUUGUAUAUGUAGAAGUAAGACUAAUUGUCUUUUAUAUAUGCCAGAAAAUUUAACCAAUAUAUGAUAAUGUUUUAGUC